AUGAGACCUCGGUCUCAUAGCAGUGAUAAAGGUGCCACUAGCAUCAAAAAGGGAUACAACAGUCACACAGUGUUCUCGUAGUGUCUGUGGUGGCAUAGAAAUCGACACAGACACGCUACUGUUUAACAAAAGGAUAAUACGAAUACAAGCAAGCGUUGAAAAUCGUCACACAGGAUAUUCUCGUGAGAAAAAACUUCCCCUGGUCGAGGACGCCAACGCCGCCAUUGAUGUGUUGAAAUACGGCGACGAUCAUUGUGCGUUUUACGAGACUCGAGAGCUCCCGGGGUGACUGUCGAUAAAGCGCACAGGUUAUCGUUUUUUCGUACUUCAAAAAAAAAAGUAGUUGGUAGCAAUGGUUUCACGCUCUAACCUCAACGAAUACUAGUCAGAGCCUUAGCGUAGAAGGGAUAAUGUAUUGUGAACCUUUUUAGAGAGCACAGUAGGUGUCUUCGUCGUCGGCAACUUUAAGGUGCUACUUAAUUUCAUUGGCAUUUUGCUCCAUGUUUGCAGGAUCCUUUCAUAAUGGCUGUUCCUCCAUUGUGCGCAAUAGUGGCCGUCUGCAAAGCCUCGAAGGGUAUUGGUAACAAAGGCAGUCUGCCCUGGGGCCGAAGCCUACCAAACGAAAUGAAGCACUUUGCUCGAGUCACAACCAACACAACGGACCCAGACAAAUGUAACGCAGUUGUCAUGGGUCGCCGAACCUGGGAAAGUAUUCCGGAAAAUCGAAGGCCCUUACCACGUAGAAUCAACAUUGUUAUCAGCAGUGGCCUUUGUCAGGAGUCGGUACCCGAGGGUGUAAAAGUGGCAAAAUCAUUUGAUGAAGCUUUGGAGAUUGCCGGUACGGGCUGCUGUAAGGGGCAAAGUCGUGUGGAACGCAUCUUUGUCAUUGGAGGCACUCAGGUUUACGUUGAUGCUAUGCGACAUCCGGCCAUGGACACCGUCUAUCUCACAGAAGUGUUAGGCCAAUUCGAAUGUGAUACGUUCCUUAAUAUAGACACAAGGAAAUUCACCGAUAUUGAAGAUCCCGCUGUAACGAACGAAGAACAGGAAGAAAAUGGCAUUCGCUACAAGUAUCGAGUUCUCAAGAAAAUUCCCCAAUAGUGGACGUUUCCGAGAAGUAACAUAAGGUUUCGAGUUUAUUCACGGACGCGGAUGUCGGUAUACGAGUUGUCUGAGAAAGCGAGACGUUAGACAGAAGACGUAAAAUUGUCUUCUUUAAUUGAUAAAUUUUGCAUUUACUGAGAUUGUAAUUAUAUCUGCAAGGGCUGACUUUAAUAAACUACGUGAUGAACUUU